GUUCUGUUUAUUUCUCAAAAUCACCAAAGACGAGCGGAACUUUUGAAUUGCGCAGAAACAAAUAGCGGACCGUAAUGACGCGAGGACUGUGUUGUCGAUCACAUUUAAAAGUAACACCAGCUGGAUCCAUGUGAGGCAGUGACAGCGCUGCGUUGGCCACUGAGAUGCAGCGGCUGUAUGUCGGUGGGUUGAGCCACACGAUCACCCAGAAAGAUCUGAAGGAUCGAUUUGGAAAGUUUGGAGGCGUGGAGGAUGUGGAGCUCCGGACAAGGAAGGAUGAUGACGGUGUUCCCUACAAAACAUUUGCGUAUAUCAACAUCAAGAUUUCUGACACAGAUCUGAAGAAGUGUAUGACAGUGUUGAACAAGUCCAAAUGGAAAGGAGGAACUUUGCAGAUUGAACCAGCGAAGGAGAGCUUUCUGCACAGACUGGCUCAGGAGAGGCAGGCGGAGUUGCAACGCCCCCAACAGCCUGCAGAUUGCCCCCAUACACAGAAGGUGCUGGAGUCGCUCAGCCAAGCCGGUGUGGACAACUUCACCAUGAAGGCUGCAGUGCCUGGGACAGAAAUACCAGGACACAAGGACUGGGUGGUCAGUAAAUUUGGACGAGUCCUCCCCGUCAUGCAGCUCAAGUGUCAAAGAGGAAACAAAUCUCGAACGCUCAAGUAUGACCCGUCCAAGUACUGCCACAACAUCCGCAGGUUGGCCCUGCCUGACGUAGACCACCCCACCCCCGUCACCCAGCUUACCUGGGAGGUUGACGGGGGAGACGAUGACAUCAGCAGGAAGAGGCGGGGCGAGUUCCCGGCGUACAAGUCGCCGAGACCCAAGAAAAGUCGGACGGAUGCGGUCGUCUCCCAUAAAGCUGUGAGCACAAGCAGACCAGCUCAGCCUUUCGUCACCCAAUCAGAGACUCAUCAGCUGACCAACGGAUUUAAGGCGGUAAGCAAUCCCAGGCCGCCUCAGAAGAGAGGUCCGCGUUUUGCGGACAGUGAUGUGGACUCCGAUGAGGAGAUACGUCAUCUGGUGGCGGUUCAGCAGCCUUCCCAUGAUGCAGUGGGGCCGGACGGGCAGGAUGAUAUCCUGGAAGUGGUCGGCUGUGAUUACUUAAACUUCCAGAAGCAGCAGAAGCAUGCAGGCAGGCCGCUCAAAGAGGAGGAGGAUUACGACUCUGCUGACACAGAUGAACUCUUCGCUUCAAGGAAACCAACAGAGAAACUUCCUCAGCCAAAUGCUGACAACAUUUCAGGAAGGACGGAGGAAAAGAAGAAAAAAGCGAAGAGGAAAACAACAACGGGAGUGGAAGAGGACUCUCGUGGAAAGGCCGAGUUUGCGCAGCGGAGGCAGAAACAAAAGCUGAACAGCAGCUCUGUGAAUCCUACGGAGACGACCGAAGACGAGGACUCUGAUGAUUCAGAUUCAGAUUAUGAGGCCAUGUUUUCCAACGCCACCCAUCUGGAGAUCUCCCUGGCUGAUCUUCAGAAAAUAGCGGAGGAAUUCCAAGAGACGCCCGACACUCCAAUUCCCGCCGCAAAACUCACGCCUGCAAAGGGACAUGUCCCUAAGAAAGGCAUCUUGCCCGAAGAGAUCCUCGCCUCGCUUCUGAGGGGGCACAGUAGCGAUGACGAACAGAAGACGAAAAAAAAGACGGCUUUGCCAGCCUUUCAGGGAACAAGAACGCUGAAUUCGGGAUCCCAAACCGACGAGUGUCGCAGCACGAUUACAAAAACACCUGAUCCUAAAGACGUGUCUGAAAGUUCUGAAUUGGACUCUGAGCUGGGUGAGGAUUCCAAAGACUUUAAUACUCCAAAAGUUUUACAAACUAAGACCUGUUCCACCUCUGAUGAGGACGAAGAAGACGAUGAGAUGAUGAAGACCUGUUUGUCUAUUCAGUCCUCUUCAUCCUCUGCGGAGGAUGCUGUGAACGCCUCGUCAUCCUCUGCUUCACACAGCGAGGAGGAUGAGGAGGAGGACGAGGAGGAGGAAGAUGCGUCUCAGGAGGAAGAGGAGCGACAGAGGAAGGACAACACGAGGAGGCCGGCUGCAGUGGACUCUGAAGUAGAGCUGGGCGAGGAGGACAAAGCCUUUAAUACUCCAAAAGUUUUACGGACUAAGGUUUGUGCACCACCAAAGCAAACGGAGACCUGUUCCACCUCGGGUGAGGACGAAGGAGACAGUGAGAUUCAGUCCUCUGCGGAAGAUUCUGUGAAAGCCUCGCCAUCCUCUGCUUCACACAGCGAGGAGGAGGAGGAGGAAGAGGAGGAGCGACGGACAAAGGACAACACGAGGAGGCCGGCUGAAGUGGACUCUGAAGUAGACCUGGGAGAGGAAGACAAAGCCUUUAAUGCUCCCAAAGUUUUACAAAAAGCGUCAACUAAAGUCUGUGCACUUUCAAAGCAAACUGAGACCUGUUCCACCUCUGGUGAGGACGACGAAGACAAUGAGAUUCAGUCCUCUUCAUCCUCUGCGGAAGAUUCUGUGAAAGCAUCGUCAUCCUCUGCUUCACACAGCGAUCAGGAGGAAGUUGCGCCUCGUCCCCGGCUAAGUGCACAGAAGAAAGAGGAGCGACAGAGAAAGGACAACACAAGGAGGCCGGCUGCAGUGGACUCUGAAGUAAAGCUGGGCGAGGAGGACAAAGCCUUUAAUACUCCCAAAGUUUUACGGACUAAGGUUUGUGCACCAUCAAAGCAAACGGAGACCUGUUCCAUCUCGGGUGAGGACGAAGAAGACAGUGAGAUUCCGUCCUCUUCGUCCUCUGCGGAAGAUGCUGUGAAAGCCUUGCCAUCGUCUGCUUCAAACAGGAGGAGGCCGGCUGCAGUGGACUCUGAAGUAGACCUGGGCAAGGAAGACAAAGCCUUUAAUACUCCCAAAGGUUUACAAAAAGCGUCAACUAAAGUUUGUGCACUUUCAAAGCAAACUGAGACCUGUUCCACCUCUAGUGAGGAAGAAGAAGACAAUGAGAUUCAGUCCUCUUCGUCCUCUGCGGAAGAUGCUGUGAAAGAAUCGUCGUCGUCUGCUUCACACAGCGAGGAUGAGGAGGAGGAGGACGAAGUUGCGUCUCGUCCCCGACUAAGCGCACAGAAGAAAGAGGAGCGACAGAGAAAGGACAACACAAGGAGGCCGGCUGCAGUGGACUCUGAAGUAGAGCUGGGUGAGGAGGACAAAGCCUUUAAUACUCCCAAAGUUUUACGGACUAAGGUUUGUGAACCAUCAAAGCAAACGGAGACCUGUUCCACCUCGGGUGAGGACGAAGAAGACAGUGAGAUUCCGUCCUCUGCGGAAGAUGCUGUGAAAGCCUCGCCAUCGUCUGCUUCAAACAGGAGGAGGCCGGCUGCAGUGGACUCUGAAGUAGACCUGGGCAAGGAUGACAAAGCCUUUAAUGCUCCCAAAGGUUUACAAAAAGCGUCAACUAAAGUUUGUGCACUUUCAAAGCAAACUGAGAGCUGUUCCACCUCUGGUGAGGACGAAGAAGACAAUGAGAUUCAGUCCUCUUCGUCGUCGUCGUCUGCUUCACACAGCGAGGAGGAGGAAGAGGAGGAGGUGGAAGUUGCGCCUCGUCCCCGGUUAAGUGCUCAGGAGGAAGAGGAGCGACAUAGAAAGGACAACACGAGGAGGCUGGCUGCGGUGCAGCAGAGGCAGAAGGAAGCUGAAGAACUCAAGAAGCUGAUCCAGGGGGCGCUAGCUAAUGUGGACGCUAAGCCUCAAAGAACAGGAAAACACAUCGUCUUUGACUCUGAUGCUGACGACGACGAUGAUGAUGAUGAUGAUGAUGAUGAUGAGCAGGGAGCGGUCGCAGCCUCGCAGAAGUCGCUGCUCCAAAACAGCCAAUCCGAGGACAAGGCCUCAGGCGAGGAAGAGGCAGCAGCCAAUAACUGCCACCCAAUCAAAGAGAAGGGGCAUCUGAAAAAAUCGGGCCCUCAGUUGUUCAGCAGCAGUGAAGAUGAGGAUGAGGACGGGGAUGAAGAGGAGGAUCAGAACAGGUUUGACGUCAGGCCUCAGUUCGAGGGUCCAGCUGGACAAAAGCUGAUGGAGCUGCAGUCUCGCUUUGGGACGGACGAGCGUUUUCGGAUGGACUCUCGCUUCCUGGAAGAGGAGGUCGAGGAGGACGCCGACAUGGUGGAAUCAGCGACCGUUGAAGUCUCGGAGGAGAAGACGAGCUUGGCCGCCGAUGACGACCAGGCUCUGCAGGAGGAGAAGAAGAGGAACAUGUCCAUCCUGCACAACGUUCUCGGACUUCAUCCCCCCACCGGCAAGACGGCUGGCAAAGCCAAGACCUUCAGAGACGUGUCGGCGCUUCACUACGACCCCAGCAAAGAGGAACACGCCGCCUUUGAGACCAAAACAGAACGUAUCAAGAAGAACAGCAAGUCGGCCCGGAGGAAGAAGAGGGAAGAGGCUCAGAAGCUUCCAGAAGUUUCCAAGGAGAUCUUCUACGACGUGACCGGUGACCUGAAGGCCAUGUUCGGUCAGACGAACGAUGCAGAGGAAGUGAAGACGAACUGGGACCAAGUCGAGGAAGAUGUCGGUGGUGGAGGAGAGGAUCCAGAGCAGCCCGCACCUGUGACAUCUUUGGUCCUAACGGAUGCCAGCGCAGGAACAGAGGACCCUUCCGGAUUUACCUUCUCCUUCUUCGGCAACGACUUAGAGACAGAAAGUGAACACCCAGUGCCAGCUGAGUAUAAGGUGGAGAGCAUCCAGGCUGCAAAGGUGUCAUGGCAACAAGACCCCCACUUACAAGACAGCAGCUCAGAGGAGGAGGCGGUGGAGGAGGCAGAAGAAAAGGAGAAAAGCAUCCCUGUACCUAAAAUCACUCAAGAGGAAGCUCCUCCCAUGAAGGACAUGUUCUUCUUCCACCUCAACGACAGCAGAUUGUUAGAGGGCCCGCAGUGGUUCUGUCGUUCCGCCGAGCUGGACCAGGAGAGAGAGCAGUGGCAAGAGCGGGCAAUGGUGCUUAAAGAGGAGUGCCGCAAGAAACACAAGAAUGCACUCAGGAAGCUCAAACCUCACCAAAGGAGAUGAGGUUUUUUUUCUGGUGUUUCUGCCCGAACACAACUUGAGAAUCAUGAAACCGGAGUUGACAAAUUUUGUUUUUAGAUAUAUACCGUCUCUUUUGGGCUAUAGAGAGCAACUAAAUACAAGCCACACCCAUCUCAUUUUUGGACAAAUUUUAUUUUGUGCAUAUAUUAGCCGCACAAGUCUAUUAGCCGCAGGUGUACACAUUGAAACAUGAAAUAUUUACACAGGCACUUAUGUUCAUUCACAUUUUUUACAAAAGACAGUGCCUGUCACAAGGAGAGGUCAUUCAGGACGGUCUUUGUCCUCCUCUUCCAGCGCGCUCAAACCGCCCAAGUCGUCUUAUUUGGCUUGUAUUGUCAUUUUUUCAGCACGAUGAGGGUGAGUCCUUAACGCCCCAAAUGGCCGACUGAAUGAUUGUGUUUUAUUUAAUCUGAACAUUUUCACUGGUCCACCGCAUUGGUCUGAUGUGACGAGGCUAAAUUUAUUGGCGGCAAGUGAAUCUCAGGAACCCGUAAAAUUCCAUAUGAUUUAAGCGCGGGAAAAGGUGAGCGGCUUAAAGUCUGCAAAUUACGGUAAAUGCUAUAAUUUUGGGGGUUUCAUGAGGAUCCUUCUGAGAAAAACACCCACAAAGAACACAAACUUCCUUUCUGAGCUCAUGAAAUGAUAAAAUAAAUAUUAUAUAAUAUGUGACAACAUUUUCAUAAGCCUGUUAAUUUAUCUUUUAACCGUUUUUUGUACCCUUUAUUUCUUCUCCAUUGUCAGAAUUUCAACCAUAAUCUUUACUUUGUUUGUGCCAUCAUACUUGAUAACUAGCAAGUUAGCUUGCUUGCGUCUCACAUCAUGUCAAUAAAAAUAAAAGAUUGAAAUGUUUCUGAUUAUAUUGAUGUUUUUGUAUGCAUUUAAAAAAAAAUAAUGGGUAAGGGCUGAUCAUUUUCCUGGACUUUUGUCAAGCAUACUCUACGAUGUGAAUAAACUAGUGCUGUCAAAAAUAACGAGUUAACUC